GCUGUUAUUGCCAUGCUAUGCAAAUACCUUGUCAUACAAGCUACUUAUUAUAACAGGGUCCAUUAUAUUCUUAUUUAAAAACAUAUUUAAUCAUUAUUCACUUUCAUCGCCUUUGCAAUCUUAAAAUUGUGAUGUAAAAAUGUGUGCAAAACAUCCAACACAUUGGACGCGAUUUAAAAACAACUCAUCUCACCGCACAAAAGCUCACAAAAGUGCUGAUUCACAUCUACUCUCUCUUUCUUUCGCUCCCAUGAUCGGAGAACGAAUGUGUGCGCUCUUCUCACUGAACUUCAUCCAAAUGUUGUUUUAUUACGCGAGUGCUGUGCUAAGUAACGUGAGUGCUUUGCCGCAGCACCACAAACUCUUCGAGCGCACUCAAUCUCAAAAAGGGGUAACAAGAGAUAUGAGAGUCCACCCCUUCGCUCAAAUCUCGUGAAGCAGGUUGUAUUUUAUUACCGUAACAGAAGUAGAAAAAACGGUCUUGCGAGCUCAUAAUACGCUAGACGCUGCAAUACAGAGGGUAACGAUGACACAGGUGAACUAUUGCUCGUACGUUCGUUCGGUCGUUCGUUUGUUCGUUUAGUCACUCACGCGCAGUUCGUUCUUACGUGAAUGUUCACCGCGCAUUCACUGGGCACUCAGCAGCACCUAAUGCCGAAAGCCGAAUGUUGACCGAAUGCGUCGUAUCGUGUCUGAAGUGACACCGGUCCCCGCAGUGUGGAAAGAUACGUUCACGGAAAACGGACGGAUGGACCAUCGGCAACAGACUGGUCGCGCGCGCGUUCGUCACGUAUUUGCCGCAAACCGUCGUCGCACGGAUUUUUUCAUCGCCCUGGCCAUCCGCUGCUGUGUCGGUGCAGAAUGUGCCGUGGUUUGCGACGGUUCUGAGUUUGGAGCGUGAAAAUUCAUCUGGUCGCGGGUUUUUAAGGAAAUACUGUGCAUCGUCUCCGAGUAACGAGUGAACCGGUGAAGAUUAGCUGUGCUCUACUGUAAUGUGAAAGUUUGUGUACGAUAACAUGAGCGUGGCGAUUCGAAAUGAAAUCGCUAGCUGUGGUAUUUUUUAUCGAGUGAAGUGUGUGUAUUAGUGUGUGAGAUUGUGUUCGUUUAAAGCGGUAUAAAGUGUUGGAAAGGGAGAAAAAACCCAAGCACACCUACAAAUACACACCAACUACAGCCAUGAACACAGUGGGAAGGUUUUGUUCUAGAAUUAAUUUGUGAAUGGGUGCUGCUAUAUUUUUUAUCAUCAGUCACAGUGUGGUGCAAUAGAUAAAAAAUAAAACAACAAACGCGACACAACGCAGCAUAAAAACACGCGGGCAGCGGCUACAGCACCGAGCCAUCGGAUGACAUUGCAGAGGUAUACUGGAGCAGGAAGGAGCUCUUAUCAAGCACAUCAACGCUUUUCCAUUGGCAGGUAGUGAUAAAUGCGCUAUUUGUACUUUAUUUCUUUAUCAUACUGCGGAGUUUGAGAGUGGCUAAAAAUAUGUCAAACUUCCCUUUAAAAUUAGUGCUUCAAGGCCGUUGUCUCUGGUCGCGAUAGAUCACAUCUAUUACGUAAAGCAAGCAAGUCUACUUGUAGCUUGUAUUUUAGUGAGCAGUUGUAUUAACAUAUUCAUGAAGAGAUGGGAGAUGGUCGUAUGAGUUAAUUGGAAUUUAUAUCAAACCUAAAAGAUGUGUCCAUAAACUUUGCCGACCAUUAUUCAUUGCUAAUGGUGUUCGAAAUGUGACCCUUGCAAACUUUAGUAAUCAACGCUGGCACGCGAGAGCGAUAAAAAGCAUGUCGGGGAUCGAUCGGGGAUGAAUCAAGGCGUUCGGAUAUUAUUCCCAAAACAGUCGUUAUAUGUAUCCGUCUUCGAUGCAUGAUAUACUUCCGAAUAGCACACAUCCUUCCGAAUUGUUGUAGCGGUUGUCAUAAGUAAUAGUUGAUUAAUGAAAGCAAGCUUGUUAAAAAUGCCAUGCAAUAUUAAAUGCAGCAUUUGUGACUUAUGAAGCAUGUAGAGUGGGUUAUCUUUUCUGAGUGUGUCCACUACAUUGCAAUAAGAACAUAAUAAGUACGCUGUUAUAAACAAUCUAUCUAUCUUUCAUCCGUGUUUGCAUUUAUUCACAUGAUUCUAAUGGUAAAGUUACCAGGCAAAGUUUGUCCAGUGAAUAAUCUCUUUCGAUUUUUGAGUCAUUUAUCGAAAGCAGACAAAAAUGACGAUGCAUUUUUUUGUUCCACGUUUUCUUUCCAAACUGUUCUAGUGUAAACAAAAACAACGCGUCAAAAAGUUAAUUCGUCAAUCCUUUCUCGCGUCGAACGUCUGACACAGCAUGACUCUAAACUCUCGAAGAAGCAAGAAAAGAGAGGCGCGUUUUUUCCCUCCCUUUUUCGUACCAGUUCCGGGCAGCGAUUGAUUUGAAACAACAGCAAAGGUAGCACAAAAAAACGCAUUGAUUCAUUACACGCUGAGUGUACUAGAGGUCCAAAAAAUGGCAUAUCAUCUAUUUCGCUCGCAAUCCACGUUGCCGACUGCUUGUGCUAGCAAAAAGCGGGCCAAUCUCGGUGAGCACACACGGAACAAGACACCGUAACGCACUGGGAAAACGAUCUUGCGUUGGGACGCGGAGCACUCAUGCACACCACCCGCUGACACCUGGGCACCAUUGAACGCCAAAUGGCCAUAAAGAACGCGCAACCCUCCCAGUUCUGGAUAGAUAUUUCACAUUUCGCAGCUAAUGUUCCGGUCAUAAUUAAGUUCCAACUGGCUACUGAACACCGCACCCCGCCCAGCAUACCCAGGGGCGACUCCACUAGGUGAGGUGGGUCAAAUAAAUCAGGCGUAAGUAAAACAACAAACGGGCUGCCAAGGUAUUACGUCGCGGUGGGAAGUAGCGAAGGCAAAGGGAGUAUUGAUUUACGACACAUGAUUUACCAUGUACGGCUGUCGGGGAGCUACGAUUCGGCAAAACAAAGCUCCCUUCCACCCAUGGCAGCUCUCUCCAUGGCUGACUGGCUUGCAAAACGACCACAGUCGGUUGAGGUGCUGCCCGCCAGUGCGAGCAAUAGCAGCUGUUUGACACUACGACCGAAGUACUCGCAAUCUCAUUAGCACGUCAAUUACUUGUGCGGAAGCAGAAAGAAAGAAAGAACAAAUCGAUAUCAUGAUGCACCCGUUUUGCUGGAGCGAAGGUGGAGAAUUUCCAAGUGCGGAGGGUUUUUUUGUACGAUACGUUAAAUGGUGGCCUUUUGGAUUCAAUUUUGCGCACAAAAGAUGUAACAAUUUCAAGCGCAACCAUCCCAAAAAACACGCCCCAUCUGGACGGAACAAUCAAAGAUCUCUAGAUCGCUUGACCAGGCGUUGCGAGUUGUCUGCCAGAACCAAGUAAACGAAACAUUUAUCCACUGCCAUCGACGACAGCUCGUAAUGUUUCCCUUAAUUACCACCACGCCGAACCAGCAGCAGUGCCGGACGCUUGGAUAGUAACGAUCGAAGGUCAUCUUGAGAUCGUUCGCACGCUUCGCUGGUGGUCAAUGUAGCGCGUUGGCUAUGAUCGUCGUUAAUACGGCUACAUGCGUGUAUUACUACAAGAAUAAAAAAAACACAAAAAAAACUUGUUUUAAAAUAUAAUUCUGUGAAGAUGAUUAUUUUUACAAGUGCGUAAAAAAUCGAUUUCUUGUAUGUGUGAGCAUUUGCAGCAAAAAGAGAAGAUGGCCUCAUUCCUUUACAACACUGUGUAGUGAUUUGCAAAUUUGUAUACGAAAUGCCAACCGGUCUUCUUUGCCGCGAUCGUUGGCACUAUCAUUCGAGCCAACGAAAUUGGCAGACGUUCGAUGGGUAUCGGACACUGUGCGACCACUGCCCGACAAUACUUUAGGCUGCAGACAGCAGCACACUGUUUACCGACCGCUCGUCAGUCUAACCGCACGAACGCCUGCGGAAGUGAUCACAGAGCACACUUCAACCUCCUCGACAAUGGGGUGAGGAUAUAGGGCUCUUGUUGGGCCAGAGAUUAAGCCAAAGGUGUCCGGUAGUGUGAAGUGUACGAGAAUAAAGCAAAAAUACACAAACACACACACACACACACACACACACACAUCUCGCUGAAAGUACUAACAAACAUAUACUCGUACCGCAUGUGAAGAUCGUUCUAAACAAACUGACGGUGCUGGUCAACGUGUCUUGAAAUACGCCAGCAGGCCACAUGGAGCGGGGGCUAUGUAAGCAGUGAAACUAAGCAAAAGCAACAAAAAACUGCACACAUAGAAACACAUGCACGCACACGUAUUUCAGCAAAGUGUAUUUCAAGACGAUGAGACAACGUACCCUCGGUGAAGUACUUGAGCGAUUCAAUCUAAUUAUAGCCGGCCGAUUCGGUUGAUCCGAAAAAUCAAACGAACAUCUUCUGAUGCCCGUUUCUCCAAGGGGAGCGUUCGGAGCAUUAGCUGGCGGGAGCAUUUUCGGUGGGCCGACUGCACAACGCACGAAGAGCGCUCCGCCCGGCUGUCCGAUGAGCGCAAUGAACGUAAUUAGCUGUUUACGUAAGUUAUGCACCGUUCCAAGUGGUACCAAAAGGUACGGGCGCAAACUCGUCCCCCAGCGGCCGCACACCCGAUGGAAGAAGGUUCUUGGACGAUUCGGACGUUGGUUUUUUGUUGAUUCAUGUUUUAGGAAGCCCCUCGGCCCGUUAAAGCAUUAGCAGAAGCAUUAAAAGUAAAUUUAAUUUCCUGCUAGUGGGCAAUCUGUUUCGUUCCUCCAUCGGGAUGGGGGAUAGCAUUUGGAUAAGACAUGGACUGCAGGAGGUCACAGGACAACCGUAGCACUCUUGUAAGCCCUGCUAAAGCGGUAAAUCCCGUUACCAUUAGUGCAGAUUAAAUUUGCUUUGAAGUGAAAUGUUUACUUGUCAUGCUUUACCUUACGGAGGUGAAACUUAUGCUCGCUCUGUGUGAACUGGUUCAAGGUGUUGGCUUUGAUGUGUUUGAAGUGAAGUGGUUCUGUGUUUAUCGGGAAUUUUACUUCUCAAAGUAUGCAAAUUGUUGUUCCUGGCGUACAUAAUGAUCCACUGAGCAAAACGAACAACUCUUUAAUUCCUCCACUCGCAGGGUGCUUAUCCUUUCCCUGCGAACUGAAAGCGUGAACGAGCAAGAUACGCAACGCUGGAACAUUGUGGUAUUACUGCUCGUUCUGAAACUCUCCGAUUCCGGUGGCCUAUCUUAUCGGUAGCGGCAUGCGGAACGUACUGGUACACGUAGCACAGGACGAUAAACCUGGCCGCAUUUGUACCGUAGACAAUAAGUUCGCCAACCCUCCUGUCGCUCUCGUUUGGAGUGAUAUAAAAUAACUGGAAUGCCACCGUGUUCGCUCCGGUCACCCCGGUUCCUCUAUCAUGAUUGAACAGAGCCGGGUACAAAGGGCCACUAUCGAUUGAUCCACGACGCUUUAGCUGCAAAGCGAUCCCCGGAGAGAAUCCCAAGAAAUUCUCAUUUUUAUCAGCGCUUCCGAGUGGCGUUGGAUGAUAUCUUCCAUAGCUGCUGAUAGUGAUUAUCGGACACCAUUCGGUUGGAGGGGAAAGGGGAAGAUCAUAGAGGGAAGUGAAGUAACAUUUUGUUCCUGAACUAAAGCAAUGAUCAAAGUCCGACAGAUGAGUUGACAAAAAAAUUAAACCUUAUGUAGAUAUGAAGGAAGUACAUUUCCAAUCGAUAGAAACUUUACGGAACAAAAAUUUUAAGACACUAACGGGUCUGUAAAAUCCGACACAUUUCCUGAUUGACAUUUUGAUUUUGCGCCUUCUUUCAAACUACUCGCCAGGAAGCUAAGACAGCUAGAAACAGUUGGUGGGUGUUAUUUUGACACGUAGUGAUAAGAUAAAACUGCGGAUCUGCUUUCAAUCGCUCACCGUACACCGGCUUAUGGGUACCAAAGUCACGCAAAACAAAACCAAACACCCGAACCGUAUAGACUUUCUGACAACCCUACGGGUUUCCGACGGGAGAGUAUCGAUACAGUGACAGCUUACGCUUGUGAGAGCUUCCGAUUGACAGCGAACAGCGUGUAGCUGGCGUUGUCAAUUGUAAAUCUCGCCUGCUACUAACAAUUUACAUGGCACCCACUUACAAUCCUAAUCUUGCGAACUGUGUGUUCGCGUAGCAUUCAAACAGGGAAACGAGUGUGAUGCAUGAAAUUGAUGCGGCUCGUGCGCAUCUUCCUCGUGAUGGGUGAUGACCGACCGAUAGCGCACGCAAGAUACUGGCUGACCGAUAGAAUGAUUAAUCAGUCACGAUUGUGUCAACGCCUAUCAUACGUCUUCCCACCGAUCUACCUAUUUGAGGAGUCGCUCCGGGUACGCAAGAUAAGCAUUGUUGACAACAUGUACUGCUCCUGUUACUAACAAUAACUCCCUCACAAGCACCCGGUUUUAUCUUGUCCGGCACUUCACACACGUACACGCUUCGUUUGUUUCAUCUCACAACAGGGCCUGGCAGAAUGGUGGUACAUGGUUGAACAAAUGUAAUGGCAGGCAAAACAUUCCGCCCAAAACAUGGACAAACUUUAGUUAUGAAAAAAAAAAGAGUGACCGUUGGUGUGGAACGAUCAGAACCACAAUCAUACCCUCGAGUGGUCUCAACCUCCAACUGCGACUCCUCAAGCAGACCGAAAAAUCUAAUUAACAUCAAAACUAAACCACAAGAUAGCGUGGCCUGCAGACAGAAAAGGCACAUCCCGGUGUAGGGUAACGGUAACCGUUUUAGGACAUAUUUACAUUGCCCACGGAAGGGAAUGAGAAAAAAGUAUAAAAAGCGUGUGCAAGAUAAUGUUAGCCCUCACCCCUUGUUGCCUGCAGGCUACAGCUCGAGUGAGACUUUACACGUCUUUCAAGGACUGUUAUCUGCCGUGUCACGUAGUUGCUUCUUCGAGGACAGGGUUGGCUUAUACCAAACCGAUAGCCAAUCGGUUCGAGGAGUUGCGGUUGGGGUGCCGGGUUCAAAACGAGAGUCUAUCUGUUGCGGAUUUUAUCUGAUCUUAAUGGAAGACUUUUGAGGCUGAACAGGGAGCGGGUGUGUGUUUGUGUAUGUAAGUGAGUGAGUUAGAGCAAGGGAAAGACGGAGAGAGAGAGAGAGAGACCUGGGAGUUUUAUUUCUCACGAUGCUGUCCCUGAUUAUACGGCUCAUUACGGUGAAGGGUGGUUGGAUGUGCAGGCAUGGUGACUGCCGUUGGGGUGUCAAAAAACUGAGAUAUCGUGAAUCCUUUGCCAUGAAUUCGCUUCUCGUUAUUUUUUUCUACUAAAAGUCACGUUUAGGAUAUGAUUUGAGCGUGCUUGGGAGUAAACAGUACUUGUGUACAAUGGAGUGGUUUUGCUUCGUUUAAUGCUUUCUCGCUUUAAGAGUUCCUUGAAGGGAGGAUAUAUCGGUGAGACAAGGGAUAGGAGAUCCAUUUUUAAGCAACCUUAAAUUAAAGAAAUUUGUUUUGCAAGACAUUAAAGCUCAGCUGGACGGUGAGUGGUUUCGAUCUUCUUGGUGCAAAACCGUACUCAACGUCACAUGCACACACACUUAGUACGUCGACUCUUUAAAGAUGUGUAAACUGGAUAGUGAAUCAUUAAAUCUGGUACCGGAAGUUCUAACAACCGUCUACCUUUGCUGCUGGCUCGCUCGGUCGAUGACAGUUGACAGCUGAAAGCAUCCAGCAAGCACAGCACGGCCACGCUAAUGUCUCCAGAGGAGCCGUCCGCAGGCCCGCCUCGAGCCGGCCGUCAUUCGGGCAGGUUGGCAGGUUGUCAGCGAGAAAACAUUUCUUCCCUUUUCCCGGCGAUCACUUCCCCCAUUAUGCUUAGCUGUCCACUGGCCCUUCAGUGUUAGAGGAAUUCACGCUUGCUAAACCAGUAAAGGUGCAGCCAGACGAGGCGAGUGUCGGGCGGGGCGAACGGAGUCGCACUUCCCCACUGUUGCACUGUAGUUGUUUUUAUUGGUGUUUUAGCUGCUUAUGCCUGGCAAGCUGUCAGUGCUGUGGAGUGGAGCCACCGGUACCACAUCCCGAUCCCCCGCGAAAACACAUUAUCUAUGAUGGAAUAAUCCAUGAGACAAGUAUUAAUGGAAAUCGUUAGUCGGUGGGGCGCAAACACCCUAACGACGAAAGCGCGAAAAUCGCUCCGAUGAAAAGUGUGUCAAGACUUGGCAGCUAGCGCCGGAACGUCGCUACCGCUCGCUCGUCACCACCACCAUCAUUAUCAUCAUCAUCAUCAUUUUCAUCAUCGUCAUCUACUUCCUCUUUUAUUGCUCUGACACAUAGCGGGCGGUGUUGAUUUUUGUCGAUAUUUUCCGUCUUUUGCUUACUGUCUUUCUUUUAACGGAGAGGGUAAACUGCAGCCCCUCCCAGCCCUUUCCACCGGUUGGAGGCGUCGGAGUGACAAACGGGCCCGGGCCCUUUGCCAUCCGACGUAUCGCACCCUUCGCCCCUUCUGGUCGCUCUGCUCAUUCGGGAAGGUCAGCCGAGAAUCGUUCCAAAGGACUGAAGCAUCAUAUCUGCGCAUUGCCAGUCUAAAAAUAAACAAAACUGAAGGCAAGACUUGGAGUUGCAAAGAGCUCGCUUGUCUAUUUCAUUCAAGAUAUGUGCGUGCGUGUGUGUUUUUGUUUCUUUUCCUUCCGACCCGUACGAGGUGGGCGGAAAAACGCAAACGGGAUCAAUGAGUCGCCCUGCUGUUUGGUACGAUAUUUCAAUUUUUGGCGCAGCAUACGCUUCUCGGUCGGCCCAUUUUUUUCAGCGAAUCCAAUAAGCGAUCAUCGAUUCUUGUGAGGAUCGGAAUUCAAUAUCUGCUGACAUGAUACUUUUGUUUGUUUGUGAAGGUUGCGCUACUGGUGGUGAAAAGCUGGCCGUUGCAAGAUUGGCAGAAUCAUUGCUACCGAGAGCUGUUGUGGUGGUAUUUUACAGACAGCGAUUAUCUGUCCGUCAAGUGUCGUGUGUAGGAAGGUUUGGUUUAUUUUGCACGUAUUUGCUCUCAAAACUGGACCACACCAGUUGGAGUUUGUCAGUGGAAAGUAUGGGGGAAUGUGGAUUGACGUAGUGGAAUAUUGCAGACGAAUAGACCUUAAGAGUUUUAUUCUGCCAAGGGGAAUGAGUUGAGUAAGGAAAAAGUUUGUCUGCGGUUAUGUUGCCAAAUGACAGUGAAAAUACCAGUCAUAAAACUGGUUUCUGAUUAUGAUAUCUCGUAAUUGGAUACUGACGUGAUGGUGCCAUUGAUUUCAUUCCUUAUUAUUGCGAAAAUGAGAACGAAGCCCUUUCUGUAGUAAAAUAAUAAGACUUCAAAUUGCACGAGACCUUGUUCAUGUUUUUGCUUUGAUGUUUCCAAAGAUUUUAUAAAAAUAUGAAUUGUGAAAAUAUGUUAUGAAAGAUUUGCAUUAUGUCUACGCAAGAUAGAUUUGUUCCAUUUAAAUGAAAUUAUUGAAGCAACAAGUAUAGUAAUAGUAAUUGUGAUGAUGGAAAAGAGAAGAUAAAAAAUCCAAACGAACUAAACGAUGAGUGCGAUAUUUGAAGGUGUGCGCCGCAUUCAACCGCCAAAUGAGCAAACCAGACAGACGGACAGUCGGCACAAUCGUGCUCCCGGGAAGUAGCUGCACGUACAAGAGCCAAAUGUAAACAGUGCGCACAGUGGUGUGCUGUGUGCACUGGCUGGCCACUGUUUACAGCAGCAAAGGAAGGCACCUUUUUGGUUGGUUUUGUUUUCUUUCCUUGGCGCAAGUUUUCCAUCGCAUUUGGAGAGUGGCAAACAGAAAGGGCGCGAUAGUGGCGGUCGGCUCCCUUGUUGGCCAGGAUGUCAUUUUUCCCUUGCUCAUCGUCGGCAGGCACCAUCGAGCAUGGGAAACGUUUACAUGAAUGAGUGAGUAAAUAUUAACAUCCUCUUGGGGUGUAUGUGUUUCUCAAGAGCGCCCCGAUAGCCCGAAGGCGUUGAACGAGGAGGAACGUCAAGAGAAGAAACCCAACUCAAGAUGUGAUGCCGACAUCGACUGGUUCUGGUUGAAUUUGAUAUGGCCAACCAAGGGAGCGAGUGGACAUAAGGAGGGAAAUACCAACGAAAAGCCAAAGUCCAUAAACACGCGCCAUGCUUGUGGGUUGGAUCAUCAAUUUUGAUGCUCAUUUCCAAUGCGGAAACGUUAUCAGUUUUUGUCGCCAAAAAUAUUGCCCACUUGUUUGCCGUUUGCCUGAAAGCUUUGACUGGAUGGACAGUUGAUACGGUUGGGCAUAAUUGUAGUCUUUUUAAAGAUUGAAAGAAUUAUCGCAAACACAGUACAAGAUAUAGUGUUUGAAUAGGAUUUCUUGACAUCUUUUUUUUCGCAGUAGAAUUAUGAAGUUUUGAAGAAAAUCGAACAAACCGAAAAAAUAGUAGUGGUAGUGCUUGUGUACAUAAUGUUCAUACUUAGAACUAUCAGCAAAUCAAAGAAUAAGAUUCAAGAUUGUGUUCAAACUAGAUUAUUUGUUGGUACAGUGUGUUGUGGUUGAGUUUAAUUGCAUCAGCAUCGAACAAUGUUCCAUUGCCAAAUAGUUUCAUCACUUUUAUGAAGGCCAUUAUUAUUAGGUUGCCAUUAUUUUAAUUUGUGAUUUUACAUAAUGGAGCCAGUUUAUCUUUUCAAUAAAACGAAAGCAGAUCCUGGAUUUACUAUAAAACUUUUUUACAAACUAAGUACCAUCUGUGGAAGCCGUAAAAUGAAAACAUCAAGGCAUUUCUCUUCUUCAGCACAUUGAACAAACAAACAAAUGAAUGCAUCUGUGCCGCACGUGCUACCACCACCAGAGAAAACUGCUUCUAACACACUUUCGACAGUCAAGUAUCAUUUAAAUGAAGUCUGUUUGUGCGCUACCGAAUGCACAUAUUUGCUGCAACCCUUUUAUUCUGCCGCCGCUGGCCGCCCAUGUUUAUACAGUGCCUAACGCCACGCCAUUCAUGCUUUAGUUUACAUAUUAAUAAUCGCAUUUGGAUCGUACAGCAAGCAGACAGGCUGUUGGUAAGGUUGCUAAAUAUUUGCAUUCUUUUAUCCUGAUUGCUGUAGGAGCACUCUCAUCGCCAGUCCCUUUACCUAGCAACAAUGUAAGCUCCCGGUGUUAUGGCUUCAAGUUUAAGGUCAUUUUGCGCUAAAUAUGCAAUUGCUUUGCUUGAUGCACUCUAGCUACAUAAACAACGCGAGAUAUUUUGGAGGUAUGACUGUUAUUGAGUGCUACUGAUAGAAAAUGUCUAUCGUUUUGGCGGUUUCGGGAAGUGUGUGUUUUGAAAUACAAAAUUGCAUUAUUGACAGCUUAGGAAGUACCAUUUUCAAAUUCAAGACAGUUCAUGAACAACUAGCAAAGGUUUGCCUUUUUUGUUCAGGAAGUGUACCAGUCUAUUUGUUACUUAAUUACAUGGUUGUAAAAUGUAGAUAUAUUUGUUUUGUGUGUCUAGGAUUUAUUGGUAGUUAAAAUAUAUCUGCCGUACGAUGCCGUCAUUUUUACAACUUACACAUCAUUAUUGUAGUUUUUUCUGCUAAGUUACAAAAAGGAUACAAUUACAAUCCCUUGCUUUUAAAACCGUACACUAUAUUUACUCUUUUCUUUGCCUAGCCGUUGAUUAAACAUUAAACAGUGGUGUGUAAUGAUGGCUCGUUGAAGCGCGACCAACACUUCAAGUUGCAUGUGAUUCUGUUUUAUCAAUAUACCUAGCAAUACUCUAUUUAUGAUCGAUCGCCAGCACCACCGACUUACGAAGGUAGAUAAGAUUGUGCAAUCCGCCAAUUGUGGGCAAUAAAACUUUACGAUUAGCAAAGUAUGACUGCACUCGUCAUGGUAUGCACGAGCAACGGUGAAAAGUAUCUCAGCAUAUAGAUAAACGCGACAAAAAGACCUGAUCAUUACCACCGACAUUAUCGCCUAUGCGGGAGUGAAACGGUAAACUUAACUGCACAAGAAAUAACAUUCAUUAUGCAGUCUAUCGGCAGUCGCAUGUUUAUGAUGUCACUGUAAAAAGUAUUCGACGACGACCAUGGUUUAGUUGGUUUUACUGGAAGAGUUAACACGGAUCCUAUGCAUCUUGUUAUUUUAAUUCUUUGGUAUGUCAGGUUUUAUCACAUCAAGCUAUGCUGCAAUAAUAUAGGGCAGAGUUGUGUUUUAUCUUUUAAAGGCCGGGCUACAUUGAUCGUAGUCGCACGUAUAAUUUCGAUUUUCACUAGCGCAUCUAGCGGCGGCUGACCGAAGCAUUUUGCCAAACAAUUUGGGGAUGCUCCAUAAAAUACGUUAUUUUCCCAUGUUUUUCACUUUAAUUGGACUGGAAAUGCUUUGUUACUGAUACAUAAAUAUGUUGUGCAAGUAUUUCAGCCGUUUUUGCAUCAAAACACGGUGAAAAAACUAAUUAAUUUUGAGAUCCAACACGACCAUUCCCCCGACGACCAAAAAAAGCUUCCACCAGCCGCCGCCAGAUGCGCUAGUGAAAAUCGAAAUUACGCUUGCGAGUACGAUCAAUGUAGCCCGGCCUUAUGUAAUUAAUUAAUAAUUAAUAUGUAUACUUAAUACGAUUCAAGGAACUAUACCAUAGAAUGCAAUAAAAUAGAACAAAGUAAACAUUCAUCAUUAUCAAUCAGUAUUUCUAGCUUCUCUACCAAAACUACGUGACCUCCGUAACCAUAGAGACUUACUUACUUACUUAUCCCUCGCUACAACCGCUUUGUGGUCUUGGCCUACCUCAGGAGUGUCCGAAACCAUUCAAAAUCUCGCGCCUUCGUCUUUCAAUCCAUUAUCCGUUAGAGCCGUGUCCUGUAAUAUUUGAUAGAUAAAUCAGAAACAUUUAUUCAAUAGCGAAGUUUGUAAGGAGAGGUGAAUGUUUUUAUAACGUUUCAAUCAACCAGUGCACAUGGUAACAACCCUAUUCAAGCGGCAUUCAAAAUCGAGCUACCAGUGCUAGCACAUUGCUUUUCAUAGCUUCAAACAGAUGGUCUAUCAAACACCUAAUUUCUCCCUUUAGAAUACAUCUAUUGAACUCGUUACAUUCGCGUGUGGUACUGUAUUGAUUUAUUUAUCCCUACCACGCCGUUUUGCAAUGAACCACGACCAAAGCAGCACUAGUGAGCACGCCUGCAUCCCUAUCGUAUCCCGGCACCAUAUCACCCGGGCAGCUCGCUGCUGUAUCUAACCAUUCAUUCAGCAAGCUAAUUUUACAGCCAUCGGCCAAUAGUAUGGGAUUGAGCUGCAUCCUGCUAAUUCAAUUUCCAACACUUCAUCCGGUAUCGUGCGCCGGAUGCUGGUUUUGUGGGUAUGGUAAGAAAAAUCGAUAACUGUCAUGGGGAAUAAUUUAAUGUGCCCUGUAUGUGUUUCCCAUAUUCUCACAAAGCACACUGGCAUAUACACAGCUGCCUGCAGGUCAGGUGAUGCACAUAUCAAAGUUUGUGCGCCUUCGCCGAAAGGCUGACGGGUGUGCCACGUGAUACGAUGUCCAGUGUGCAGAAGGAAGUGCAUGUUAGUGUACGGGAAAGUUAUACACGGUGAUGUAUUUAUUCGUUUCUUUGACGAUACAAAGCGACAGAGAGCUGCAUACAGAACCGGUAUGAAAUUCGUGUUGCAUCGAGACAAGGGCCGGAUCACAGUUUCUGCUGUGCCGUUCUGGCACCAGAGCGAUCCUCAACCAGCAGCCCAAAGGCAAUGAAGUCGAAAGUCAAUGCCAAAUGGGACGUGAAGUGUCCUCCCGUUUUGUCUGAAUACUUUGCUAACGACGGUUCAUCGAUGGGAGCUUAUAACGAAGGAUCUAUUACUUGUAUUGCUCGAAUGUCCUUGCCAUCUCCAUACGAAAGAUCUAAACUCCGUUUAGCACGAACAAUACAACAUACCCUUCUGUGAUGGUGCCCGCAAAAAGAAAAGGUUAGAAAACCAUGAUGUGACAGCUGUGCAAACAAAGUGCAAACAUUCCCGUUCAUGCUGGCGUACGAGGAUCGUAAUCAGGGGGAUUGUAGAGCUGUGGUUAUUUUUCUUAUAUUUAUCUUUCUACACAUUCAUUAAAACGAUGCCCGUGCCGCAUCAGAGAGGCAGACUGGAGCAGUCACUGAUAGGAUGUUUAAAUGCGUCGCAGGUGAAAUAAUAACCGCUCUAACAAGGCAGGAGCUAUUCUUACCUGGACCCUUUGGACACUAAUCUUUCCGUAAUUCCCGAGAUGUGGUACAUUUCAUUUACCAGCAUUUCUGCUACCCAUGCGUUAGUUUUGCGUUUUCUUACUGUAACAUCUGUGUGUGUGUGUAUGCGGGAAUAUAAAAUACGUGCCACAAAAGGAUUCAUUACUGUCCAUGCGGUGCACAACCUACCGUUAGCAUGGAAUACCCCCCAAAAAAACGCUGUAGAUCAACUCGUUCAAAAGGUAUCGCAAUUGAUGAAGCGCUGACGACCAUGAGGAAAAGCUCAUCCAGAGGUAUACUGUGUGUCCGUUCGCUGGCUCCGUCUCUCUAAUAAUGGUUGCCACACUCUUGGAUGAGAAAACUUUUCUACCGAUAUCAUUCAACGAUCGAGACAACGGUUUAAGUUUGCCGGGAGUCGGGCGUAAGGUCCCGACCGUGGCGAAGAUUAACCAUACGAUGGGAUGGGAGUUUUGGGUUUCCGAUUUACAUAAAGUGACCCAAGCGCCCCAAACGAGUCGCUCGGUAUCGCUAAAGGGAUUUGGGAUUUGAUUAGUUUGCCCUUUCAUAACCUCAAAACGUGUGCUGGAGCGUGUUUAGAAUGGGUUUCAUUGUUCAUAAGAUACACAUCAGGUACGGUGUCCAUAUCCCAUCUAGCACCUGCAGCUAAUGCGGGAUGUCACCGAUGACGGUUGUAAUUUGCAGAUCCCAUCAAUCUUCGGGCGAACUAGCAACAGCAACGAGUGAAAUAAUGUUAGCUCGUGAUUUUAGUUCAUGUCUAAGUAAACAUUCAAAGUGGUUGCGUUUUGGUGCUUUGAAGUAGUGUACUUAAACUGGGUGUUUAAUAUUGCUGAAGUGAGAUAUUUCAUAUGACAAUAGUUAUGUACUUUUUUAUAUAAUUUGUGCACCCAAUUAUAAUUUAUUUCGAGCUAAGUCCAUUUGAAUCUGGUUCAAUUAUUAAAUCACAAUUGAGUUACAGUAUUAAUGCGGUGCAAAGGUGUCUUGUGAAUCCCGAUAGCAAGAGCCAUUAAUCUCAUGCAAUGUGAGAUCAAUCAUAAAUCACGGUAAUUUAAACAACAACAAGCAUAAUUCCGUUAUAAAUACCUGGUGUUUGGCAUGAAACUUGACAGUGAUACAUUUCUAUCCACCUGCAAGCAAUAAAAUGGGAAUGGUGUGAUUGCAGGGGACCUCGUACCUCGUAGAUGGUACAAUAGUUUUUUUUUGGUCAACUUCGAGUUCAAAAAUUAUGUUAGAUAUUUUGAGUAUGUAAACUCAAGAAUUCUCUCAUUUAGAAUACCAUUCCUACUCCUAUUCCAAUCUCGAAUAUUUCUACACUAACGAACUAGCUUGUGGAGAUUGUUGUAUCGUAAUGAAUUGCAAAUUGUACGAAUCCCCUGCUAGCUCACAUUUGAAUCAACAAAACCGGAACAGUUCAAUGCAACGAACCACGUCUGCAAACAUUAAAGGGGCGAGUCGCGUGAGGGAGGACUGCAAUUUGCCAUGUUUCGUUAGUCCGUCCAUCGAGCAUUUCGCUUUGUUUGCUAAUUUUCCUUUCAGUGCUGCUGUGCCGCUCGAUAAAGGUAUAGCUGUUUCAUUCUUUCGUUUUUUUUUUCAAAUAAACAAUGCCAAACAGACAACAUUUGCCCUUGACUACGAUGCGCUGAUGCGAUCGUGGUGGCUCAUCGUACGAUGUGAGAAAUACACCGUCCAAUGUCAAGCAGGGUGUUGCCGCAAUUGCCAGACAAGGUUGGCUAAAUAGAUACGCUCAUUAGCGUGUGUAUAGAUGAACUAUUUAGAAUUAACCACUUCAUUCAGCUCCCGGAACCAUAUCCCAAGGGUUGCAGAAGCAAGUAUGAAAAUCAAAACCACUCCAAUUUCAACGGCAACUGCGAGUGUACGAAACCGACACUGCAUCCGCGAUGAUGGGAAGCAAGUAAAGCAUCGCUGUAUGCGGCGUGCGUGUGCUCUUGGGCAAACCUAACUAUUUAUUGCGCUGACAGCAUUAAUUUGCACUGCGGUUGGGCCGGCGGAUCGGAUAAGCGCGCAUCCCACACGACAACCCGGCUCACUUACAAGUGGCACAGGCAGUGGCAAAGCCAUCAGCAACUAACUGCUGUUAAACAUGCAAAUCGGGCGCGUCCUUACGUGGAGCAAUCCAGCCCAUGUUGACUUGGUUUAGCCGUGCAGCCUGCUUGCAUCUCCUGUGGACAUUGAGAAGGUGGCGGGUUUCCGCAGCAUCGCGAUACUUCAACAAAAUAGCCUGGAAAAGCUCAGCUUCUUUCGACAUCCUUAAGCUUGCUAUUCCUCGUGGACUGAUGUCACACAUGACGGUGAUAACUUGUAUUGGGUAAGCAUCAACCGUAUGGUGUUUCGAGGUGAGCUUCAGCGUGACGGAAUGUGAUUGGAUUAUGCCACGAAUUACAAUCAAUUAUCAGUGAGAUGGUUUAUGUCUGCUUAUGGUUACCGGCGAUAGGUGUUUUAAAUGGAAAAUCAACGAUGAUGUUGUGGGACAGCUAGUUCUGCUUUCGAAAGCAUUCAUUUGUAAAGCAAGCUGGGUGAAUGAUGAAAGCAAUGAGAUGAAACAGGUAUAUUGUCAGUGUAAUAUUAAUUAAAUUCGCACAAAAACGAUGUUUUCUAACCAUUAGAAUCACAAACUGUUGCUAGAAUUAAAAGAUGAAAAAGGAUAAGUGUUUAUCCUAAAUAAUUGCAUAAAUCAUUGUUCUCAUUACUAGAAUAUGUAUUAAUUUCCUAGAUAAUCAUAGUUAAAUCUCAUCAUAAUAAUAUACAAAUAUUCAGUCAACGUUUGUAUGUUAAUAAUGCAAUGAUUUAUAAGCCUCCUUAAAAAAGUUUGAUUGAUCUCUGAUUAAAACAUAUAAUCUGGUAAACAAAUGCUGUAAUGAUUAACAUUGUAACUGUUGGCACGAUAUUUAUCUCGUGAAGUUCAGCAACCGUAAUGUUUAUCACACCAACGUGUUGUCAACGAUAGCUCGAAUAACUGAUAACGAAAACAUCAGAUAAUCCAAACAGAUAAAGACAAAAAGAUAUGUCCAAAGGCGAAACAGCUAGCUUGCCAAAAAUAGGGCUAAUUAGGACAAAGUUCGGCAGCAGUCGCUAAUCAGGGUCAAGCGGGGUAUAGUAGCGGGGUCAAGACUGAUCAACUAAUCGCGAAGAGGCGCCAUCGAGAAAGGCAGUAGCCAAAGUCAAGAGACAGAAGAUAGACUAAUUUUUAAACUGUGUGGAAAAAUAAAAAUCUAUAAAAGUCAGUUUAAAAAAAAGUUUAUUAAAGCUACUCAAUAUCGAUUGGUUACCAGGCGUAACAAUAGUAGCUGUUCUACAAUAAUCGAUACAUUCCUUUUUUGCUGUUAACCUUUAUAGCCAUGUUGCCUUGAACCACGAUAUUUCAGUUAAAAUUGUAAAAAAAACUAAAACGAUCACGAUUGAAUGUUUCCUUUCCAAUAAAUAAAGCAGAAUUAUUGCUCAUGUAAACGCACAAUCAUUUUGUGCUGUAACUUAUUUCACUUCUAACACCAUACCUCAUUCUGUCUUCCGUGAUAGACGACGUCAUCAAACGCGUGACUCGUACAUUGUCGUCAUGCAAAAAGACAUCAGCGAAGACAGAUGCGAUGAUAAAGAGUAAAGCUUAUGCUUGAAAAAGUGCUCCUUCACAGAAACCGGUUCCAGUCGCUGCAAUAAGCAAAAAGCGUCGCAGCAGCACUGCUUGUACAUGUCGCUUUAACAACAACAUGGCCCAGUCCCAGAUGUUACCACACAUGUGUUGUUUGAUUGAUUUGAAAAAAAAAAGCAUUAUAGCGCUUAAUUUUACAAGAGUUUUGCGACACCAAUAGCCAAAAGCAUGGAAAGUUACGAAAAUGUAGCUCUUAGAAGAUACGUGUAGCUUCCAGUUGAUGACGUCAACAAUUUCUUAUUUUUCCGUCACACUGUACGUCAUAGUUAUAAUCCAGCGAGAAAAGUAUGGCGUAUAACUAACUUCUUCGAAACAGUUGCUAAACGCAAGUCGGGUAGCAGGAAUCUUGACUGACUUCCGCAACGAGGCGAACAAGUGCGAUCAAUGAAGCCAACUUACUAUUCAUAAUCGAUGCUAAUUGACUGUCGAUGAAGUGAGAAAAGGUGAAGUACACCAAUCUGCCCCUUAGGCGCCUUCAUCGCGAGCACAGACCUUGCACAACGAUCACCACCGGGUGGAACACGAUCGUGUGCCGGGCGAUGAAGCAGCCAACAUGAACAUAUAUGUGUGUGCGUUAGUACGAAGCUGAGGGAAAGCCGCCGUUCUCCCGCUGGGCACUUGAAGAUGAUAGCUGAUUCAAUCACUCGACACUUCAUGGUAAUGCAAGCACGGUCGAACUGCUCCCACGGUGCAAUUUCCGCUAUUUCCUGCACCGGUAGCGGCAUCCAGUCCCGUCAUCACCGUCUAAUUUUCGUCUUACUCGCAGGAGUUGAAUGGUGCCAAUUCCCCCCGAGAAUGCAAAUAGAUAUUGAUUUAGAAGCGAGCGGUUUAUGUAAAGCUGAAUGUAUCCAUCGUCAUGCAGAAUGCAGAGUGUAAGCAGUGCCGGGUAGUACGUCCAGCAGAAGGCCCCGAGUAAAGUUCUAGGCUAAUGCUAAUCAUUCCACUGCAGCGGAAGAUGAUUCAGGUCACAUUUCAAUCACGAAAUGAGUAAUAGUGAAGCGAGAAUAAUAAUGCAGACGUUCUGUCCGUCCGCUGGUACGGCAAACCAUUCUGCUUCACAAACCCAUCUCUCCAGCUCGCUUGCCAUUCUAGCCAGGUUAAGGAUACGAUCUCGAGACAAUAGGAUGGAACCGUGAAAGUGCACUUCACGCAAAGCACCGGAACAAUCUGUUGGAGGGCUUUUGUCGUUAUAUCUGGAAAAUAAUUUCCAUUUUUCUGCUUCUGGAUGGUAUUCUGCAGGAAGAAGCGUCAAUCCAUGGGUAUGUGAGUUGGUACAAAAUGAAUAUUUAAUGUUAGUGGAACAGGGAAAAGGGCUAAUAAUUUGAAUUGUAUCAUAUUUUUUUCACGUAGCGAAACGAACAGGCAUAUCUGUGGUACUUUGUAACACUUUACUUUAGUGGUGAGUCUUUUCCUGGAAUAGAGCCGUUUUCACAAUUACCUCUAUCUACAUUGUUGUCCAAUGUCGUGUUUAAAGGUAUGUAGAUUUUAGUCACAUUCCGUUUGAAUUCAAAUUGUUUGUCGCUUCAAAUCAUCAACUCUGAAAAAUUAGUUCAUCAGUGUGGCGUGGUAGUGUCGUUGUUAAUCACUCGCAGUGUAUAAAACACUGCAACCGUCCGCCCUCUUCUAGCCUCUGCAAUUGAGCACUCUCAAUGCGUGUCACAUCUCGCGCUAGUCGGCAAACGACACGCUCACUACUGCAAGCUUCUAUGUAAGUGCAGUGCUUGGCUCGGUGUAGUGCCGAAAAGAGUGCAUUCGCUACACUUGAAUUGCUUUAUACCGUGUACCGUUUUUGCACGCCACCUUCUCGGUUCAGCCCGUUCCCGCGGCCUUACUGUUUGAAUCUGUCGAGGUCACAGUGGGCAGCACUUCAUUGUGCACUCAAAUUUCAUCCAAUUACACUAAUAAUGGAACAGCAUCGUAUGUGCAUUCAAAUGCGGUAACGUACCGAAUGGCAGCUGAAGGGUAGCAUUCAGAAUAGUGACCGGGGAUGUUCUCUUGGGGUGCAACGAUAACGUAAGCACGAGCGCGCGCGUGCGGGUGCGUCGUAGGGUGAAAUGCAUCAUAGUUUCAGACGAUUAAAUAGCUUCCCGCUCGUGACUGUCACCGCGUUCGGGUGGCGUUUGAUUGUGAAGAAAAAUGGAAACAAUCAAGAUAGCGUGCGUGAAGACGGUUCAGUCUCAUUUGAGGGCGAUUCUUACCACCCUUUGAUGGCAUUGGCAAAACCUUGGCUGUAGCAGUUUGAGGUAAAAUUAGCGACGGGCGGAAUAAAGAUAACAUCAUCGGCAGCAAACGUGUUUGUUGAUCAUGGUCUAGUGAAUAUUUAAUAUUUUGAUGAGAGUUUACUUGCUACAAAUUAGUGGGACACAGUGAUGUGUACUAAACUGAGACACGCACUCAUGUGGCAACAUCAUUCAUCAUAAAUAUCGCUAUAUAAGAUAAUAUCGGACACGCUAUACUGUUAACGCAUAAGACUUCUUUAAAAAUUUGUUUGAUUUAAAUACGUUAUGCUGAAAAAUGGCUGAUUUAAACAAUCAUCAUGUUGUGAAAAUUAUACAAAGAGCCCUCUUAUGGAAUAUUAAGAAAGGCCUAAAAAUGGCACUUAAAAGCUAUAGAUUUUUAUGACUUUGUUUCUAAUAAAAAAGUACAGAUUAUCCUAAAACUAUUUCAACUGCUUAAAACUUUCCGAUUGUUGAUUGUUCUUAAUGUGCCUUGUAAUACCUAAAUCUUGUUCAUUUUGGUUUAACCUCUUACUUAUGGAUUGAUUACUAAGCUUUUCUGCAUAACAGCGGGAAUGUUUUUGGCAUUUUUUUAAUCACAAAUGUCAAAAGCAAUGUCAUUGAUGUUUUGUAAGUCAAUUUAUUCAUUUUCCUGGUGUCAAUUUCUGUUAAAGUUUUCUGUUCCCUGCUCCAGUUUCAAUUUUUGGUCAGAAACACAUUCAGUCACUUUCCCAAACAUGAUCGAAGAGGAGCGAUAGUAGCAGUUGCCUACAUUAAACGGUUGCUUUAUUUUGCUUCAAGGGUAUCCGGCUUAGUUAUGCGUACAAUAUGGCAAAAUGUUCAAAAACGUCAUAGGAAACCCGUUCUCGAAUUCUAUUUUUAUUCGACCAUUUUAUGUCAUUUUUGUCAUUGCUUCGAUCAUUCGUGCUUCGCUCGAGUUAAGGAAAGCGGGUGCAUGUUUUUACUUAAGGACUUUUGAUUUGUUUCGAUUUUAGGCCUUGCUUCGUGUCAAAUUUAUUCUAAUGGUACAGUCUCAUUUCAAUCAUGCUAUUCGUCCACUAAUUGAUUUUAUUACAUUAUCACCGAGAACGUUAAAUUGUUUGUGUAACUGUGCGCUAUGAAAAGUAUUGUGGUUUGGCUAAUAUAAUAAUUUAAUUGUUUUCAAAGCCACUGCUUAAUAAAAUAAUAAAAAAAUAAUCUAUUAAAUAUACAUUUUAAAACAAGCACUUUUGCGUAUUAAAAUACGUUAAAAGCGUCAACUGACAACACAACGAAAAUAAAUCAAUAUCGUUUCAAUCAACACAAGUCGACCGGGGUUCCGCUUCCAGUACGCACGUAGCUUAACGAUUGUUGCGCGAGCCACAGUGCAAUAAAUCACCGCUUAGACACGCUCGAGGGUUAUAAUGGUGCUGCGGCAUGCAAAGAGUGCAAUAUAAGCAGCGCCACCCGACACCGUUUAUGGGCCGGACGUCGUGCGCAACCCGGGGACGCAUUCAUGCCCGGCUGACGACUUCCUAGCAACACCCCCCUUCUUUUCCCUUCUUCCUCUAUCAACCAUUAGUGCAACGGAACGAAACAAUUAAACAAGACCAUACUUAGCAUUGGUUUGUCAAUGCGCAAGCAAACAUAGAUAACAGAUAAAUUGCCAGUGGUCUCCACGCAUUCUAGCUCGUUUCCUCUCUCGGCACGAGUGGUGGAGCAAGCUCUCCUUAGAGCGAAAGAAAGAGAUAUAGAAAGAUAGAGAGGUAAAGAGAGAUAUAAAGAGAGAGAGAGAGAGACGGAGAGAGAGAGAGAGAGAGAGAGAGAGAGAGAAAUCAUUUCCUUCCACAUGUGAAUUUCGCCCCUACGAAACCACUUCGCCCCGUUAGCCUAUUAUAAUAUUGACAUUCCAAUGGUUCCGACACUCGGCAUAAUUUACAUCACAGCUGGACGGUUCCCACACGCGGCUUCUACACAUGCACGCACACACCCAUACUCACAGUGAGCUUGUAGUUGCUGGAGGAGCUCGCCAACAUCAUCGUUAUCGUGCGAUAGCGUAGGUAUAUGGGAAAAUAAAGUGUGCCAAAUUAAUUAGUUCAAUAAGCAAUCAUGCUCUGACAGUGAGAUUGAUGAGCUGAUCAAACUGAUUGAGGGCAGUAAGGACGACAAACUGGAAGCAAAGAAGGAACACGCAGCAGUGCUGUGCGUUGUGGGAUUGGAAUACUUGGAAACAUUGCCAUACUUCGCAGCAGAUACUGCUAUUUAAAGCAAUGUAAAAAUAGAUCUACACUACUGGAUUAUAUUUAUCGUUGUUAAUUGGUGGUUUUGUUUUGCGGAGUAUUGGAGAAAUCCCUCCCUAACCAGCCAGCAAUGUUGAUUGAGUAUUGUUGCAAUUAUUUUGUAAAAACACACUCGCCAGCCCACACCAAACUUUCCCGUCGUACCGUCGUCGCUGCUGGCCAAACAAAAAUCGGCAAGUGUAAUUUCGUGCACGAUGGAAGCAUAUAAUUGAAUUUUGGUUGCACGUGGUUGGUCGUAUUGGGCCAUGUUUUGGGCCUCACGCAUUAAAAAAAACAAACAGGAAAGCGAUAAAUUGAUUAAGCUUUCAGACCGGAAGUUUUUCAGUACACAGCUUCGGCUACAGGGCCAAACAGGUGACAGAGUUUGCUAAGGGAGAGUGUCGGAGGUGACCGCCCUUGUUUACGACGGUGGUGAGCGCAAAAUUAAUUACGUGUGAAAAGCAACACCAACGCGUGAACCAUCAGGCGCUGGUGGUUAGUGCUGCCCGAUUAGCGGAUUCGAGUUGAACGGGGGAGGGUGUGAGCUGGUGGGAAAAGAGGAACCUAAAUACUAACGGGAUGUCAUGUUCCGGUUUGGGUGCUGGGUGUAAAUUAUAUUUACAACAGGCAAGCAUGAUUUACUACUGUUUGGAUAGUAAUAUGUUUGAGGUUGUUUAAUUCAGAAUCGUACCCUGGUAGAUGUGUUAUUCAUAGACCAUUUUAAGGAAACAACAUAGAUGCAAAUAUUUAUGGUUCUGAUUGAAAUAGCAAAACAUUAGUGUUUUCAUAUGACAAGGACUUAAAGUAAUAUUGACGAUUUAAUUAAUAUGAGUAGAGAUGAGAUGAUUGUCAAACGCAAUAGAUAAUGACAAAUUUUAAACAAACGUGACCACGAAGUAUGACGUGUACUACAUUAAUAGAUGCUCAAUAAAAUGUUUAUUAUACCGGCAUAAAAAGAACCUCCAUACUCGAAUAUUGUUUUGACUUUUUGCCUUUCCUUUCCACCAAAUAGCAUCUACACCAAUAUCAUUAAAUGAAGAUAUACUUCAAUGUAUCACUUAAUCUGCUACAAGGCAUGAGACGUUCUGUCGCUAUCAAAAUAAGAAGUUCAAAACACAAUGUACCGAUGGCACAGUACAGUAAUUCGAUUUGCUUUAACACCAUAAACAUCGAUAAAACACGACCCUGACCCAUACCGUUCGAAGCUCAUAAAUUUCUCCCGACACGAAAGCAUUCACGCUGUUGGACAUGGGCCCACGGGAACAAGAACGUUAAUGUUUCCAGACAACCGUGCAAAAGUCACCCUCGGCGGACUAAUAAACUUACGUCACGAGAAUCCACGGUCGUGCGAGGCGGCGGGUUGUUUCAGCAAAUUGAAUGAAGACAAAUAAAGAUAACCGACACUCGUGUGGUAGUUUGCUGGGUUUUGGAUCUUCGCACCUGUGCGCGCUGCUGGUUCACUUGACCAUUCGCAGCCUCACCCGGCAACAUGACGCGCCUAGUCUUGCGAGGCGGGACGAUGCGCACAAGCACGCACUUCCUAUCUGACGCGUAAACAAACUACAAACGCGUCUACCGGGCGCCUACCGGGGACUAUGGACAGUUAUUUGGACGCGUGGGCGCCAAUAAACCGACAGUGCAUGGUUUCGAAAGCAGCAGGUGGUGUUUCGAUGUUGAGUCCGCGUAGACAGUCACGCUAAAAACACGCUGGCUGUGGUGUAGUUGACAUUCAUGCUCGGUAUGUGGCGUUAUUUUGGAACAGCAACAUUUUUUAUGAACCAUCCCAGUUUCACGCUGAUAAACCUUAUUCUUGGCGGUAAAGAGCUUGUUGUAAGCAUAGAGAUUCGACGUGAACAAACUAAUAAGCAGUAAAAUGUGUGAAGUACAACCCGACGGCUGUUAGUAAUGUUAUUGAUGCUAAGAAACAAAUUUAUGAACUUCACAGAAAAAAAAACACAUAAUUUUAAAGUACAUAACUAACAUAAGGCGGUCCCGUGGUACAGUCGACAACUCAAACGACUCAAUAACAUGCCCGUCAUGGGUUCAAGCCUACAAUGGACCGUCCUCCCGUAGCAAGGACUGACUAUCCGGCUGCGUGAUAAUGAAUUAAGUCUCGAAUGCCUGUAUAGGCCGGACGCCAAAUAGAAGAAGAAUCAACAUAAACAUCAAGAAGAAGACGUCUUGUAAUUUAAAAUGAUGUUUUUCCAGGGACACAUUAAAUUUUAUAAUAUUUUCAACUUCAUGCACUUCUUUGCUUGUUGUUCGACCAUCCAUCAUCUUAAGUACUUAUCGAUCUUUUCGUUUCCCUUAGUUUAUGUUUUUUUUUUUUUUUUUUUUUUUUUUUUUUUUUUUUUUUUUUUUUUUUUUUUUUUUUUUAACUGAUGAAGUUAUGGGAGAAUUUUCUUUUUUUUUUUAAAGUCAGCACUUCAUUCUAUACGCUUUUGUUAUUUUGAAUAAAUAAUUGGAAUGACCACAACAUUUACCAAAUCUCAUUUUUACUUAUUUUGAAGCAUUACCAAGGAAUAAUUUUGCCAGGAAAAUUUAUCUGUUCAACGAAACAACUGGCAUUUAAGAUUGAAGGACAUUCGAGAUUGGAGCACCAUCGAAAGUGCGUGGAAUUUUCUAACACUUAUUGUUUGGUGUAAAUGUACAAUGCAGUCGCGGAUACUCACUGACUACGUUAAAGAAGAGAGGGUACCUAUGAUUAAAAUACCAUAUUACAUUUCAUGUAGAUUUUUUUAACUAAAUGGAACUAAACUGAAAUCUUUUUAUGAGAAAAAAACCUAUGUCUAAAUAAAGAAAAGAUUUGAAAAAAAAGAUUUGUACAAAUCUAAAUAAAGAAAUUUGUACAAAAAACAGCAAUUGUAUUCUUGUUCAUACAUUUCAACCUAGUUUAACUGUGUAUGCACAAUUGGCACAAUAUAAAAUUUUGUGUUAGAAUUACAAAUUGUCUGGCUAUUAUUAAGUGUUAGCACGUUUUUUGUGUUGACUGUUUUGGCUGCGUGAAAAAGGUAAACAACACAACUGCUGUCACCUAGCGACCGAGAUAUGUAGAUAAACCAAGUUAGAAAAGGUGCCGCUAGGUGGCGUAAAGGUUGUUAUCAACUGAAAGAGGCAAACAUAUACAUUGCGAAAGAGAUGAAGAGACACGAUCCAGCCUCCGGUCAUACACCCCAUAAAGGUCGAGCAUAAGGGCAUAGACAGGAAACGGCGCGAAACUAUUGGCAGUAGCAAAAGCGAGUGUGACCGGACAAGUUAAAAAUAUAGAAUUUGCAUCAAAACGUCAAAGAUCAUUUUCUUAUUUCAAACACCCGGAAAGAAAUUGUUACCGAAGUAACAAAGUUUUUAACUUUCACACUUGUAUUUUCGCGAGUUAUAAAUUUACGGCAUAAAAAUGCAGAGUGAAGAAAAUCGCUUCGAUUGUGGUGCCUGCGAUAAAGCGAACACCGUGGACGAUAUGGUGCUGUGCGACGGUUGCGCGAAGUGGUACCAUUACGGGUGUGCUGGCGUCACCGCAAACGUAGCGAAAAGAAAGUGGUUCUGUGUUCAGUGUGUGAAGAAAGUGCCUGUGAUCGGGAAAAGCGAGGCCAAACCGACGCUACGUGAGGAAGUUAGUGCAAAGGACAACAAGCCCGCUGAAAGCUGCCAGAAUGUAGAGAAGCAGGGAGCAGCUGAUAGCGAGGGUGGCAGUUCGGAGCGAACCGUAGUGCAGGAUAAGCCAAGUCCACCCCAAACGGCCAAAUCUAAAGCACCAAGCACAAGACGGGGCGGCUCAGCGUCUUCUCAACUAUCUGUGCGAAACGCCUUAGAGCGCCUGGCCAAGAAACAGGAACUUGAGAAGAAAAUGGCCGAGAAGGAGUUCCAGCUAAAGAUGGCCAAAAUGGAGCUCGAGCAGGAGGAGCUCAGGAUGCAACUCGAGGAGCAGCUCGACAUCGAAGGCUCGGAAUGUUCCAUCAUAAGUGGCAAAAGUGUAAGAGCAAAAAUUUGGGUAAGAGAUCAAAAUCAGGCUUUGGCUAAACCUGCUCAAGUGCAGACUCAUCCGCAAACUGAAGCGUCACCAGUAACGAAAAGACGAAUAGCUGAAAAUAAUCUGGAAAACGCGAUGGUGGAAAGAAACGGCUUGACCCCCAGCCAAAUAACUGCGAGGAACCACUACCCAAAACAGCUGCCAAAAUUUAGUGGUUCUCCUAAAGAAUGGGCCGUGUUCAUAAGCUGCUACAACGAGUCCAAUGAAGCCUGCGGAUUCUCUAAUAGAGAAAAUUUGUUGCGCUUAGAAGAGUGCCUUCAUGGUGCAGCUAGAGAGGCAGUGCAAUCAAAACUCACGACGCCAAACGCAGUCCCAGACAUUAUCAAAGUGUUGAAACGACUCUAUGGACGUCCUGCCCUAAUCGUACAAGAGUUAAUCGACAAGGCACGACAAACCGAAGCGCCCAAACCAGAAAACCUAGAGUCGCUGAUUAAAUACGGGUUAGCAGUGCAACAUUUCUGCGACCACCUAGUAGCAGCAGACUUAGAAGACCACCUACAGAACCCAGCAAUACUAGGAGAACUAGUAGAGAAACUCCCAGCAUCAAGGAGACUGGAGUGGUCGCGAUAUAAAUGUGGUCUUCCACAUAUCAGUUUGCAACAAUUUGGUGAGUUCAUGGAUGAAUUGAUGGAGCAUGCCUGCGAAGUGUGCAAUUAUAUUCCACAACAACCCACAAACCCUCCUCCUCCUCGCUAUCGAACACACCAUCACACUGAUACUCUUGAAAGGGGAACCCUAGCACAACCACGACGUUACACCUGGCAAGAGCGGAAAUGUCCUGCGUGUGGUGAUACAGGUCAUCGAGUGAGGAACUGUCAAGAGUUCCGACUAAUGAAUGUGCAGAACCGUUUGGAUGUAGUAGAUCGGCAUGGAUUAUGCAAGCUGUGCCUUAACCAACAUGGCCUACGACGUUGCUUAUCGCGAUUCCGAUGCGAGAUAAACGGGUGCGAAGCUCGCCAUAACGCAUUGCUGCAUUUGCCGUCAGCGACACGUUGUGCAGAGGUACUAGCCCAUAACGGUACGACAAAAGCUGGUGUGCUGUUCCGAAUCGUACCAGUCGUAGUGCACUAUGGACCGAAAAGUGUAGAAACUCUGGCUUUCCUGGAUGAAGGUUCAUCCUUAACCUUGAUGGAAACCAGCCUGGCCAACACCCUUGGCGUAAGCGGAAGACCAGAGCCCUUGGAACUAAGCUGGACAGCCGAUGUGACGAGAAAGGAAAAUGCAUCACAACGAGUAGACGUGCAGAUUUCGGCGCGAGGCGACGAUAGACGUUAUGAGCUUUCCGGCGCUCGUACGGUCGAAAAGCUAAGUCUGCCGAAGCAAGAACUAAACCGCAAAAUCCUAAUAAAUAACUUUUCUCACUUUCAGAAAUUGCCGAUCCCGUCGUUUCUGAAAGCUGAGCCAAAGUUAUUAAUCGGGCUGCAACACAUGGAGCUGCUUACACCACUGGAGACCCGGACGGGGCAGGCAGGCGAGCCGGUCGCUGUGAGGAGCCCUCUUGGAUGGGCUGUGUACGGACCGUACAACGACACGACGAGCGGCGUCUUGAUGCAGCAUAUUGGUCCGGUGCAACCCGGCAAUGCGGUGCAACGCGACACUGAAGACAGCGACGGAGACCUGAACAUGCUGCUCCGUGAUUAUUUCACAUUAGAAGAGGAGAUUCGUCCGGCUCCAAAUCAACAUUAGCAACAUGCCCAGAUCUGGCUGAUACACUCCAAAACAGCUACAAAAGAAGCCGGAAACUAUCUAGCGAAAUGUGGGACAGAUGGUUGAAGGAAUAUUUUCCUAACCUCAAUCUUAGGAAAAAGUGGCGAGAUGA